CUAACUUCCGGUAUUGUGUGGCUGUCAGGUCUGCAGCGCCAUAUGCGAAUAUGGCUGACUUUUCGGAGAGGUCAGUGCAGGCGGCUGUCGUCGUCUCCUUCCUAGCGGGUUUUGCGGCGGGCUGGCAGGCCAACAGGAUGCGGAGGAAAUUUCUCGACUGGCGGAAGAAGAGGCUGCAAGACAAACUGAACGAGACGCAAAAGAAACUCGACCUAGCCUGACCCACGCCUUCGUCUACCUUGAAGGGACACUACAUUAGGUGUUGCAGGACUGCAAGGUCAACUUUGUUGCAGGACUGUGCGCUGCUCUCCGAGUUUGGAUGCCAGAUCUUCCUUGGCCACCGUAGUUGGAAGAAGAAAGGCAGGAAUGUCCACCUGUCAAUCUACCACUCUUGACACUCUUGUCCAAAUUGCAAACACGCACAUGUAUUGUCUCAUUUUUCUACGUUAAAUAAAUGCCGAUUUCCAACUUAACGUCUUUGCACUUGUAAAUAUUGUGCAUUUGUUA